CGGGCGGGGGGGCCGCCCAGGGGAAUUAGAGGUGCCGGAUCUGGAAUGGAAGCCCUCCGUGGGAGCCGAGCGCUCCGCCUGUUCCAUCCCCGCCCGUGGGACACCGAGGAGAAAGAAUACGACGGGAACUCUGAUCUCCACGUCGGAAUAUCCAGCGCUCAGGAAGCCAGCACGUUGAGAGUGGUGUAUAAUUACAAUGAAGAGGGCAUUCACAGAGAUGCAACCGGAUGGGAGCAGUGCAUUAGUGUCCCACUAGUACAGCCAGAUAUGUUUGAGCUUCUUCAGCAGUGGGAUCACCUCCUAGAGGAAUUUUCUAUGGGAGAGGACUGGCUUCCUCAUAGGUAUGAAGAACAUGACCACAACUGCUACACGUAUGCACUAGCAUUCAUUAACAGUGUACUGACUGCACAAGGAAAGCAGCAAAUGAGUAAAAGUGAAUUUACAGAGAAGUUUGUGAUUCCACAGACAAAGAAUGCUUCUAAGUAUAUUACUCUUCACCAGGAAUUAACCACUAAAGACUUCUACAUUGUACCCCUUCCUGAUCAAGAAGAACAGUGCUGAAAAUAAGUCGUCCGACUAUACAUUGUGUUCAGUUGAGACAUUUAAUAUUAGAAAUCGUAACGGCUGUAUAAUUAAGGGUUUUAACAUAUCAACUGUUGAAAUAAGCUCUUUUAAAUCAUUUUUCCCAUCACAUGUAUGGUUAAAAAAAAAAGAGGAAUUUGUGCUUGCAUGCUGCUCAAGUCUGUGACAAAGCAAAAUCAUUUUCCUUUACUUCAGCUACUAGUAAAGCAUACAGUAUUUAUAACAAA